GCGGCGCGGCGGGGGCUGGGGCCGGCCGCGCGUGAUGCGGCGGCGGCGGCGGUGAGGCCGCCGGGGGAGGGGGCGGGCGGCGCGCGAGGCGCUCCUAAAUGGCGCCCAAGCAGGACCCCAAGCCCAAGUUCCAGGAGGGUGAGCGAGUGCUUUGUUUUCAUGGACCUCUCCUUUAUGAAGCGAAGUGUGUAAAGGUUGCCAUAAAGGACAAGCAAGUGAAAUACUUUAUCCAUUACAGUGGUUGGAAUAAAAAAUUCUUCAAAUAUUCAUGCCAUCUUGGUUUCCUUCACAGACAGAAAUCAGAGCUCUUCUUCUUACACUGGGAUGAAUGGGUUCCGGAAAGCAGAGUGCUCAAAUACGUGGAUACCAAUUUGCAGAAACAAAAAGAACUUCAAAAGGCCAAUCAGGAGCAAUAUGCAGAGGGGAAGAUGAGAGGUGCUGCUCCGGGCAAGAAGACAUCUGGUCUGCAGCAGAAAAAUGUUGAAGUAUUUUUCAGACGAGAUGGAGCGCAUACUGUUUGCUGUUUGGAGACCCCUACAAUAUCGACGCGGAAAACAAAAAAGAACAAACAGAAAACUCCUGGAAUUGGAGAGGGGACCAGUACCAGUGAGACUCCUCAGCCUCCUAGGAAGAAGAGGGCUCGAGUAGAUCCAACAGUGGAAAGCGAAGAAACAUUUAUGAACAGAGUUGAAGUAAAGGUGAAAAUCCCAGAAGAGCUGAAACCAUGGCUGGUAGAUGACUGGGACUUGAUCACCAGGCAAAAGCAGCUCUUCUAUCUUCCUGCCAAGAAGAAUGUUGACUCUAUUUUAGAGGAUUAUGCAAACUACAAGAAAUCACGAGGAAAUACUGAUAACAAGGAAUAUGCAGUCAAUGAAGUUGUGGCUGGAAUUAAAGAAUACUUUAACGUCAUGCUGGGAACACAACUACUGUACAAGUUUGAGAGGCCCCAAUAUGCUGAAAUUUUAGCAGAUCACCCAGAUGCUCCUAUGUCUCAAGUCUAUGGUGCCCCACAUCUACUGAGGCUAUUUGUACGAAUCGGAGCUAUGCUUGCUUACACACCUCUUGAUGAGAAGAGUCUGGCUUUGCUGUUAAACUAUUUGCAUGACUUCUUAAAGUACUUAGCAAAGAACUCCUCUGCGUUGUUUAGUGCCAGUGACUAUGAAGUAGCCCCUCCUGAAUAUCAUCGGAAAGCAGUAUAAUGGUGUGCUGCUCUGCAACAAGAUGAUCAUUGGAUCCUUGUAAUACUGUCCACUUCUACGUCUUGUUCUUCACCCUUCUAUUGCACAUGUCUCUAUUGCACAGACUACGUAAACAUAAAGUGAAUAAAGUUGUGUGUUUAAUAUGGAACUGGCAUUUUUAAGUUCUGAAAACUUUCUUGUACUGAAAUGGAUGCUUGGAGUUUAGUGGAAACUUUGGUGUUUCUGGCUUGCUACUGUUUGCAUCAGUGGAAUGUAAAAAGAAUGCAGUUAUAUUUCAUUGUAUGAACUCUUCUGUGCUCAUGGGUCUGUUGACAUUAAGAUGUGCCUAACGAAUCUGCUUUACGGCAUAGCAAUGACAAAUCCAGACUCUCAGACCCAUGAGGGUUGUGAUCACCUAGUUGUGGUGCUAUUAGUCUGACUCACAAACCCAUUUUCUUUCUUGGUGUUGGAAGUAAAAUGUUUGGUCCAUAAAUGUAUGUUUUUGUUUAGGUAGUUGAAGGACUGUGACUUUUUAUAUCCUAACAGUAGGAAAAUGCAUUAUAUAGUAGUGUCUUGGAAAUGUUGGUCUCUUACAGAGCUGUUUUACAAAUCUUCAAAUAAACUUUUUUAAUUUCAA